AUGGCAAGCAGAUCGUUCCUUCUAACUCAUACAUUCAAGGAUGUAUCAAAACUCGAAGAAGGAGGCAGCUACUACAGUGAUAUUUAUGUACGACAUGAUAUUCCAUGGAAAAUUCGAGUUUUCAAGAAAGACGGAUUUCUUGGUGCGAACCUGCACUGUGAAAAGAAGGAAUGCUCGGAGACGAAAAAAUGGUCGUUUCAAACGAAAUUCACUUUGAAACUAGUAGCUGUCGGUGGGAAAUUCUUCCAACGGACUGUACAACAUGAAUUCCAAAAGCCGGAAGGACAUGGAAUGGACAAAUUCAUAAGUUGGGAGAAUAUGCAAAGGGAUUAUGUGGAGGAAGAUAGUAUUAUCAUUGAAAUCCAUGCCGAUAUUGUUAGCAGUUCAGGAGUCUUCGAAGAAAAAUGUCUUCCAUAUUUGCCAGCUGAUUCGGGAAAAUCGUUUGUGCUAAAGCAUACCUUCAAAAAACUUUCGAGAUAUUCAGAGGGAGAGUACCAGUAUAGUGAUGUAGAAGUGCAUUACAAUAUUCCAUGGAAAAUUGAAUUGCAAAAGGAAAAUGGAUCCUUUGGAUUUCAUUUGCCCCACGUGUCUGAAGAUAGGACAAAGACCGGCGUGGUGGAACGUGAGGCCAAAUUGAUUGCUGCAAACGGAAAAUUUCAUUCGGUACCGAAAAGGAGGUGGAAAUUAAAUUCUACAUCUGGAAGAGCAUUUUUGAUUUAUUGCAAUGGUAUCGAAAAAGAUUAUCUGAUCAAUGACAGCAUCGAUGUAGAAGUUCGUGUGAAAAUAAUUGAAAUCAAAGAUGUACCAUGUACGCUGAAAUCAUUUGAUCUAUCCCAUACUAUCAAGAACUUGUCAAGUAUUAAAGAAGGAGGGAACAUAUUUACGGGCAUUCAAACUCGGUUUAACAUUCCAUGGCGGAUGAAAAUCGAGAAACAAAAUGGAUUUCUAGGAUUAUAUCUUCAUCGUGAGAAAAAAAUUGAAAUUGAUUUUCAAUUAAAAUUAGUGUCGCCAAACGGAAAAAGUUUAUCGAUUGAAAGAUGUAGUGGUUAUGGCUGGGACAUGUUCCUCAGAUGGGAUGUGUUGGAGGAGGAUUACAUAGUCAACGACACCAUCGUAUUAGAAGCUCGUGUCUGGAUUCGGAAAAUGACUGGAGUGGAGGGGGAUGUUGAGAAGUUUCCGGGAUUUGUGAUCCCAGUGGGGGAUCGGGAGUAUUCAAUGGAGAAGUGGCUUGAAAUGGCUUUUGAUCAUUGA